AUGCCACAGCAUACUCCCAACCAGAUUGAAGCACCAGCAGCGCCAUCACCAACACCGGCCGAAGCACCACAUCAGGCACUGGCUGCCCAUUUGGAUGCCGCAGCCGCAGAACCGGUGAAGACCGAUGGCGAUGAUGCUGAUGCGCCUGCUCCUUUGCCUCCAAACAAAUUUGAUGCUGUCACUGAUGCAAAUUCAGUUGAGAUUAUCGCAUCAGACGAGGACGAGGAGGAAGAAAACGACCUUCUUUCUCUAGCAGCUUUGAAAGCGGAUGUCGCAGUGACUUGUGAUGUGCUUGAAGCCAAGUGCCAACAAAGUGGAUUUUUUGCACCCAUAGCCAUAGGCUGCGGCUCAGAUUCCAUGGCCAGCCCCCGGGACCAAGAAUCCCGGGAGAUCAUGGCAAUGGCCGAAGCAGCAAAGCAGGUAGUGCCUGUCGCAAUGAAAGGGGCAGAGUCAGUACUCGUGAAAAAUCUUCAAAUGCUCAAGUCGGCAGCGGCAGGUGCGGCUCCGGCUGCGGCAAAGAGCACUGUUGUCGCCAAUGCCGGUGUUGGCGAAGGCGAAGGUUCAGACAAUGAUCGCAGUGACUCUGAGGAUAGUGACCAGGAUUCUGAUUCUGAUGCCACUGACGCUUCACAGAGUGAGCGUGAUGCGGAGGCGAAGAAAAGUGCAAAGGCACCUAAGGCACCAAAGGCCAAACCAAAACCAGGACCAAAAGGCAAGAGUUCAAAAGAAAAGGCACAGGACAGGGUGGUGGCCUCUGCAAAGCCGAAAGCCAAGGCUAAGGCUAAGGCCACUGCGACAGCGGCCAAAUCAAGGCCAAAGGCAAAGGCAAAGGCCACACCAGCACGGGCAGCACGGGCCGAGGCCAAAGCCAAACCCGAACCAAAGCGCAAAACAAAUCCGGCAGUGGCAUCAGCAAAGGCAAAAGCGGGCAGCAAGGCUAAGGCAGCGCCACUGAAGUGUCUCGAAAAGUACUUUGCCCGGCCAGCGACCAUCGGGACGGAUAUCAGUGAUAUCAGCACAAAGAAAUAUAGCUCCGCGGUCCUGGCGGCGGCCACGGUGCCCAAGAGCCUCUACACCGAAGAGGCGGCCAGGGCCCUCGAGGGCCGUGCGGAGGCCGAGCGGCGGGAGACCGAGAGGCUGCACGGCGCCUGCCUCCUGCUCCGGGCGGCCUUGGGGGUGGACGGCGAGCCCUGCCCCGUGGUGCGUACGGCCAACACCAUCACCUUGUGCAGGAGCUGGCCGGAGAGGCACGUGCAGGUGAUCCUGCACUACCUGCCCAGCCUAGAGGCUCCUCUUCGCGGACCUGGACUGCACCGCCAAGGGCGUGCUGGCGCUGCCCCGGGCCACCAGGGCCCUGGUGACCAAGCGGAACCUGUGGCCGCGUACACCAAGCGCGGCUUCGCCCCCUGCUACUUGGAAGACCGGGCGGUGGACCCCCAGCGGCUGCGGACGCUCGCAGAGGAGGUGGCGGAACACUUUGUGUUCGAGAAGAAGCUCUUGGACUUCUCGGCCUUCCAGAAGGGCAUUCGCACCGAGGCCACCGCCAUCGAGAUCAUGGACAAGAUGAAAGCCUUUGUGGCAAAGCUGCUGCGGUCACACGCAGCCGUCUUUGACAAGCUGAGCGACUUGCAGAGGUGCUACUUUUUCAACAUCUCCUUGAAUCAGCGGCGCUUGCAGAAAACGCACGCAAGUGCUGCUCAGUGCGUGCUGUGCAUAGCUGAGAUCACAGCAGACAAUAAGAGCCCUGUAGUGGGUUGCUGCUAUGUUUGCUGGACUACUCAGGAAGCGAUUGCAUCUGCACUACAGAAACAGAAGCCAGUGCCAUUAGAGCAAGAAUCCCAAAAACGUAAAGAACCAGCUGCGGAACAACCGGAGCCUUGUCCUGAGCGUGGAUGGAAGAGAUUGCGCAAAGAAAGCGAAAUGGUGUGGCAUGCUCGUGUACAAGGUUUUCUGGAUGGCCCUCACAGCAAGAAGCAGAAGUGCUACAUUGAUGCUUGGAAGCAAAUGCCUGACAGCCAGAAAAAGUGCUUUAGAGAGCUGGUUGCCUCCAAGUGCAAGGCUGCCGAUGCCCCAGAAGAAAAGCUUGUGACCGGUUCUGAGUGUGGAGGUGUUGCGGGAGACAAGCCUUGGCAUGGGUUUUCUGGCCAAUCUCGAACGAUUUGCCUUCCUGCAGGCUACAACGUGGACACGCUACGCAAAGAUUUCGCUGAGUAUGCCAGCAAUCCGAGUUGCCACGAUCAAUCUCGGUGGGAAAUGUAUUGCUUGAUACACAUGCUUAUUGAGUCUCCUGGCAGUGGUCUUGAUCACGCGAGCCAAGCGGAGAAGGAGCUGGCAGAUCUCCACAUAAAUCGCAAGCGCCUGUACCAGUUGUCUAAGAACUACCAGCAGCCUUUUCCUCGGACCGCAUUGUCCGUGGACCAGGUGGAACAAGCUAUAGUCCUCAUGAAGAUGUGCAGAUUGGGCCUUUUCGAUGACAUGGAUAGGAUUGACGAGUCGGCUUUGCUGGCACGCAUCAAUGAGCUUCGUCCUUUGUAUGCGUCCAGUGGUUUGUGGAGAAGCUUCAAGGACUGGGUGUCCAGUCAUAGGCCACCUGGUGAUUCUUUGUCUCUCGCCAAGCUCAAAGCAAAGUCCGUGGUGGAAGUGACCAGCUGCGAGCCACAUAUUGUUGCACAGGCGUUCAGCACCCUGGAAGAGAUGUGUGAGCGUAUCCACAUAAUUCACGAGGGCAAGCUUGUUCCGAGUGAGUGUUCCAGGAUGGCUGUUUGCGACGAGAAAGGUUUCAGCGGCAGGUCCGAUCAGCAUGAGCGUGGCGUGGUGACUCGGCGCAUGAGGGGUAAGGUGAACCGCCACUGGCAAGACAUUUGGCCUGAAGCAGUGUUCUACGCCCAUGAGUCGGGUGCGCAGACUCCAGUUUCCUUUGCUUCCAUGGUUGAAAGCUGCUUUCUGAAGCCCAUGAGAGAAAGAUGGCCAGAUUACAGCAAGCAUUGCCCCAAGUGCGGCGCAGCAAACGAGAAGUUUGACGCAGAGGAGUUUGCCUUGAAUGGCCCUGGUAAGAAGCCAGGCAUGGUUCCUAGCAUUGAGCCACAGAACGAGAAAGAAAAGAAGGUUGCGGAGAACACAGCUGAUUGGCUCCAGUCAGUGCGGAAAAGCUGGAACGUGCCCCGCAUGAUUGGCCUCUCCGCCGCCGCCAUCCGCCGCUUCUUCGAGGCGCUGACGGAGCGCUCCAGGCUCGCCGGCGAGGAGCGCUUUUGCGUGGAGUUUGUGGACGCGGUGGAGCAGCUUGCUUCCAGCCAAGACAAGCUCCAGAAGGAGCCCGCCGCAGCGGAGCACUACACGGAUCCUGCAUUUCCGCCCGAAUCGGCGCCGUCCUCGACAGCUCCAGCGGGCAACCUUGCUGGGCGCCUGUGGUGGCUUGCUUUGCGCAAUGGCCCCACGGGCAUGAUGUUGGUCUACGCGGAGCCGUUCAUGCUCCCGCAGGCUCCACAAGCUGACGGGCCCGCGCCCUGCGUUGAAGAAGCUGCCGAGCCCCCGCCCUGUGUGGAAGAAGCAGAAGCGGACAGCGAGCCCCUUGCGGAGCCGGAGCUUGCCAGAGGCACAGAGAAGCAUUCGAACUCGAAGCAGCGCCGCAUGAGGCGCCAGCGGGCGGCAAGUCGCCUGUGCCAAGGGCAUCAUACCAUUGGCCCGCCACCGCUUCCAGGACGAGAUGCUCUCUACAGGAUUGCUAUGGAGAAGCGGUUGGAGUUGUGGCGCUCCCUGCCACUGGAGGCGGCCGAGCGCAAGGAGCUUGCCGCGGAGAUUGCCUCGUCCUUGUGGGCUGCGGACCCGGAGGCCUGCGAGGGCAAGCGCUGGCUGCAGCUCACCAACCACCCCCAUGGCAAUUUCGUGGUGCAGCUGGCCAUUCGCAUGGCCACGCCGGAUGUGGUGCAGCUCUUGGCCGAAGGGAUCUGGGAGCGUGCCGACCUGUCCGAGCUGGCCCGGGCGCAACUGGCUAGCCAACUGGCCGCCGAGGAGAGCCUGCCAGAGCUGCUGUGCCACAAGUACGGCAAUUUUGUGGUCGCAAGCGCCAUCUUGCACGCGCCAAGUGAUGCGGUCAGGGCAUGGUGGCUGGACUGCGCGCUGCCACCGGAGCAGAUGAGAUCCUUCUGGAGCACAUGGUGCUGGUGGCAGUGCCAAGGUCAGAAGAGCGACCCGGUGGGAACGCCGCCUCUCUGCAAGGCCGCAUACAAGAUUAUCUGGCUGAGCCUGCGGCAGCUCGCGGAAACGGAGCUCAGCCACUUCGUCCAGUCCUGGCUGCUCAAGGCAUGCCCCGACUGCGGGGUUCUGCUGGAGAUGCUUCUGAGCCCUUGCGAUAACAGCUACGGGCGGGCUCUGGGUUACCGCAAGUGA